CCGCCCUCACGUGAUGGCGGCGCCUCCUCCCUCGCGUAAUGGCGGCGCCCCCUGACGGGACGGGCAGCGGCGGCAUGGCGGCCGCAGCGGGGGACGGCGACGGGGCCGGGCCCUGCCCCAGCGGGGACAGCGGGGACAGCGGACACGUCUCCCAGAGCCACAGCAACGCCUCCGGGCUGGGCGAGCAGGAGGACGAGGAGGGGGACGCCCUGGAGGCGUCGCUCAGCGCCACCGCCGCCGCGUACUCCGCCUACCUGCUCGUCGACCGCAGUGCCUUCAGCGAGCAGGUGGAGAGCUUGGAGAAGAGCCUGGACGACCUGCUGACCAGGGUGGAUGAGUUCGUGGGGAUGCUGGACAUGAUCAGAAGUGACUCCUCCCAAGUCAUCAAUGAAAGCAUACCCGAAAUUUACGCAAAAGCUACAGAAAUGAGGCAGGUAUACAAGAAGAUUGACAACCUAGAGGCUUUUGUGAAGAUGAUUGGAAACUGUGUGGCUGGAAUGGAGGAACGGGUCAUAAAGGCAGAAACGGACCUUGGAGCUUUUCCAAGCACAUUCAAGAAAAUCUUGCACACAAUCAGCAUGCCAUCCUUCCUUAACAAAUCGUCUUCCUCGCGACAGCAGACCCUCUAUGAACCUCCAGUCCUCUUCAAGACUGAAGACUAUUUUCCAUGUCUUAAUGAAGCACCUUAUUGACAAUUUUUGUUUGGGGAUUGGAAUUAAUCAGCCAGAAUAGAGAAAGCCAAGUGAACAAAAGAAAUGCUAACCUCAAAACAGCUGCAUUUCUGAGCGUUAUUAAUGGCAUAUUGCCACUCUGAUUCUCCUUGUCUUCCUUCAGGCAGUGUUUUCAGGUAAUCUUUGUGUAUAUUGUUUGAAAAGUCUUCCUAAAACACGGUAUACGUUUUCAGAUUAUAUUGGGGAAUGAACUUCUGCAGCAGGGUUGUGUUUUUUUUUAAUAGGGAAAUAAUAGGAAACAUACUUUUAUAUUAUAUAUCUUUUAACACAUCAAUAUCUGAGCUGCUGCAAAUGUAAACAGCUGUACCUCAAGGAUGUCCUUUUUUAAAAAUAUACUGACUGAGGUGAAAGAAAAAGCCGUAUGCAUAAAUUCACUGUAAGUUUUGGAACUUGGUCCCUGCACUGUGUGUAGCACUGCAUCAGGAUGUGCAGGUGGCAAGGGGAGGACUCAGAAGAUUGGCGAGGAGUCAAGGACGUGGCUUGGCGCAUACGAUCCUCUCCCAGGUCACAACACAACAUCCUGCCCCUGCUGAUGAUCAACAGGUCACUGUGGCCAUACCUUCUAAUUACUGCAGCAUUGUUUUGUUUGAUGUGGGAGCAGGUGGGCAUGGUAUAUCUAAUCUGCUGUCAGAAAGAAAAGGUAUGUAAACUGAGGCACAGCCAUCCCUGGGCUGAGCCUCUGUAGGACACCUGACCUGACCUGACGCUUCUCCCUUUCAAACCUCUGUGCAGUGACUGGGGCUGCUUCUGCUGACUGGAGUGGGAGUAAAAUGUCAAUAAACUAAUGGCUGUCUAAC